UAGCCUGGUCCCAUGAUGACUCCAGCUUCCAGGUGUUUAGAAGUGUGGUUGCCACCACCUGGGGGAGAAGGAAUCUGCAGCCCUGGGGAGCAGGGUGGGGGUGGCCUUUGGGGGUCUGACUGGGCUCUGCCACCCAUGGGCCUCUCUUGCUCCCCCAGGUCGGAGGCUGGCCAAGUCUCCUCAAGAUGUCUACCCCAAGGACCAGCUGCUUUUGAGGGCCCUUCCCUGGUCCUGAUUGGCUGUCCCAACCCAUCCUCCAUCUCCCCAGCCAAUGACAGCCUCCUCCACAACUGGACCCUACCCAGGGUGACAGUUGGAGCUGCUGUAACUGCCACUGCCCAGGGGGGAACUGUGGAGGCCAUGGCCGGCAGGAGUGGCCGAGCCCGGGGCCGUGCCCUGGGCCUCUUCUCUCUGGCCCUGCCUGUGGGGGACUUGAGCAACUUACAUCUGAAGGAAGACAGAGUCAAACCAGAUACCAAUGGUACUAUUGUGAAAUCCAAUGAAAAUGUAGAAAAGACAGAUGAGGAGGAGAAAGAGGAUAGAGCUGCCCAGUCAUUGCUAAAUAAACUGAUCAGAAGCAAUCUUGUUGACAACACAAAUCAAGUAGAAGUCCUACAACGGGAUCCAAAUUCCCCUCUCUAUUCAGUGAAGUCUUUUGAAGAACUUCGACUGAAACCUCAGCUUCUACAAGGAGUCUAUGCUAUGGGUUUCAACCGACCAUCUAAAAUACAAGAAAAUGCAUUACCUAUGAUGCUUGCUGAACCCCCACAGAACUUGAUCGCUCAGUCUCAGUCCGGUACUGGUAAAACAGCUGCAUUUGUCCUGGCUAUGCUUAGCCAAGUGGAACCUUUGAACAGAUACCCCCAGUGUUUGUGCCUCUCACCAACUUAUGAGCUCGCACUUCAGACAGGAAAGGUGAUUGAACAGAUGGGCAAAUUUUAUCCAGAACUUAAACUUGCUUAUGCUGUUCGAGGCAAUAAAUUAGAAAGAGGCCAGAAGAUCAGUGAGCAGAUUGUGAUUGGUACUCCUGGCACCGUCCUGGAUUGGUGCUCCAAGCUGAAAUUCAUUGACCCCAAGAAGAUCAAGGUGUUUGUUCUGGAUGAAGCUGACGUAAUGAUAGCCACGCAAGGCCAUCAGGAUCAGAGUAUCCGUAUCCAGAGGAUGCUCCCUAAGGAUUGUCAGAUGCUGCUUUUCUCUGCUACCUUUGAAGAUUCUGUGUGGAAAUUUGCACGAAAAGUUGUCCCAGACCCAAAUAUCAUCAAACUGAAACGAGAAGAAGAGACAUUGGACACCAUUAAACAGUAUUAUGUGAUGUGCAAUAAUCGAGAUGAGAAGUUUCAAGCCCUUUGUAAUCUCUAUGGGGCCAUCACAAUUGCUCAAGCCAUGAUCUUCUGUCAUACCCGCAAAACAGCUGGUUGGCUGGCAGCUGAACUGUCCAAAGAAGGCCACCAGGUGGCCCUCCUGAGUGGUGAAAUGAUGGUGGAACAGAGAGCUGCAGUGAUUGAGCGUUUCCGAGAGGGCAAGGAAAAAGUGUUGGUGACCACCAACGUGUGUGCUCGAGGUAUCGAUGUUGAACAGGUGUCUGUGGUUAUCAACUUUGACCUGCCUGUGGACAAGGAUGGGAAUCCAGACAACGAGACAUACCUUCAUCGGAUCGGGCGUACGGGGCGCUUUGGCAAGCGGGGCCUGGCCGUGAACAUGGUGGACAGCAAGCACAGCAUGAACAUUCUCAACAGAAUCCAAGAGCAUUUCAAUAAGAAGAUUGACAGAUUGGACACGGAUGAUUUGGAUGAGAUUGAGAAAAUAGCCAACUGAAAAGCAUUGGUUCGAGUUGACCUACGCCCUCUGGAUGUGCAUCAUCAGUUCCAUUUGGACUGUUUGGUUUUCAAAUUGGCACAACUCUCGGCCAGUCACCAAAAAAAGGACUAAGGCGGGAAUGCAUAGAAAUUACCUACCUCAUUUCAAAUUACGUUUGGAUUUAACAAAAAAAAAAAAAAAUUGUGCAAAUAAUGGGGGGAGGAUAGAAAGAGAAAAAAUGUUUACAUGAGCUCUUAAGAUUAGGCAUGAAUACACAGAAAUUACCUUUUUGACAAAUUUCUUUCUUUCUUAUUUAAAGUUAAUGUAUACCAAUCUUAAAUGUAAACUAAGGACUUGUCAAAGCUUUGGUUAAUUUCUGCCUCUUGACCUUCUUGUGGUAGUGUAUAGAUGUCUCUUCUUUUGCCUGGGAUAGGCAUAUAUUAGUGUAUGUACCUGCUUGCAUCUAUCUGCAAAAGUGACAUUGUAGAAAUGAGGAGAAACUGAGUAGUAGAAGCUAUAUGGUGCUGGCCACCAGGGCCCUGAGGCAUGCUGAACUAUUAGAUUGAGUGGAGUAGGGGAAUCCGAUGUAUUUUAUGAGUUAAAGAUUUCCUAGACUAGCAUGAUGAAGCAAAUUUGGGAUACUUUUACCCUCUUGCUAUUUCCAGCCAGGCAAAGCAAUCAGGAAUUGGCUGAAGAAAGGCAAGUAUUUAAAUUUGGAGCCUUUCUUGCAUUUAGGUUUAUAUUCCAGAAUCCUGUCUUAACCUCUCUGGCUGUUGUACUGACACGAGUCAUUACAAACUGGUGUAGCAUCAUAGGUACCAUUCCACUCCAUGUGGCUGUUCUGAUGCCUGGUAGGAAAUAUUUUUCCAGCAUCCCUGUUAUGCCCAGGAUCAAUCAGCAAUAACCAGUGGAAAGUAGACAAAUGUUUUUGGAUCUUUUCCUCUUCAGCAAAACCAGAUACUAAAAAUCUCUGCUUUUGUGACUAGACUGGAAAAGACAGAAGGAAGUGUUUGAAUGAGAUUGGAAGAAACCCUGGACAACGUAGCCAUCAAUGGUCACAUGUAUUGUCACUCUGGCAUUGCUGUCCAGAUCCAAAAGAGAAGGCUAGGAGGAAUCCCUUCCUUGGGUUAUAAGAAAUCCUUUUCAAAUAGAGAUUCUAACUCAGUGUCUGAGGUGGUUGGUAUGCAAAUGCCUGCAGUCAUAAUUAGAAGUGUACUAGAAAUGCUCUAUCUUUGACGUGUUUUAUCUCUAGCUUUGAUUUUUAAGCUCAUUUAUACCUUUAUCAGUAGUGGUCACCAAAAAAAUGUCAUGGGACCAUCUUACACUGAAUAUUUUUUCACUGGCAAUAGUAAUUUGUUCUUUCUGGCAUUCAAACUGGACUGUUUAGCCUCUUUCAAAAAGGACAGAAAGAACAAGGAUAAACCACAGCUAUCUAUGUGCUUUAGGACUGCUAGCCUUCUAUCUUCCCAGGAUAGGAUAUCUUAGUUUAGGUUUCUCUACAAGGUCCUUUAACAAGGACCAAUUAUUCUUUUGAAUGGUUGUCCAGACCUGAUGCCUCUCAAAAUAGAAUGGCCUUCCUAAGCUUCUCCUAUCCAGAGAAAAAAUGGGGGAGUAUAGUUGUUCAUUGGAUACAAGGCAGUUGAGUAGUUCUGAUUUCCUAAACUGGAGAUGCUAAGGAAGGGGGAGGAGGAACCACGAUAAUUUCCCAGAAAUGUUGCUUCUCUAACCCCACCAUCUCAAUCCCAAAGGACUAGUUUUUUUUUUUUUUUUUUUUUUUUUUUUUUUUUUAUCAUUGAACAAUUGCUGUAGACCCCAGAUAGACUCAUUCUAAAUGGAUUCUGAGCUUCUCUAGUAAAAUAGUUUAUGGUGUCUACUAGGUGUGCUCAUGGCACCAAGUUGCUUUAUGCGUGUCCCUUCUCUUGGGUUAUAAAGCUUCUUUCUCUUUUUUACAUAUUGUUAAAAAGAGGAAGAACUCAUCAAAUUCUUUCCUGACAUCUCCAUCUAUCUCUGGAUGGGCAUAUCUUAAUAGCUGCUCUUAUGUCAUAAUUAAUGUAAGCUACACUUAAGAAAGCCGAUUCAUGAUCUUCAGCCUUUUAGAAUCUUUCUGAACUUUUCCCCUAAACUUCCUUGAUGUUUUUGGUUCCAUUUUCCUCCACCUUUUUGACCAACCCCAGCCUUAAACACAAGGAAAUUUCAAACUAAUUUUUACUUUUUUUCUUUAAAGAUGAAAGUAAAUGGACAGAAAGAUGGUUUAGUUUAGUUGGGUUGAGAUAAUUGUGUAACCUCACAGAAAUCUGAUAAGAGAUAGGGAGAGCAGGCUUCCUGCUAGGGUUUAGGCUGAUUCUCCCAACAUACAGUCAACUGCUAUUUCCUCUGGUGGAUUUAAGGGGGAAAACAGUAGCAGACCAGGGCCAGUGAACCUCCAAAGGAUCCUCUAGCAAAAGGGACAUUUGUCUAGGAUGGGUGACUGGAUAGAGUCUUUUUCCUCCUUUGAAUGGCAUGUUCUGUUCCUUUGUUGUUAGUUUCUUGUCUUUGUCUUUUCUGUCAAGCUUUUUAAGAGGGAGCAGUGGGCUAUUGCUUCUUCCAUAUGGGUUAUGGCUAUCUUGAUUAAUUCUGCUAAGGAAUGGAGGGCAAGGCUAUGGAUGCUGUGGAGCAUAUAUGGCACAAAGGAGAGACGAAUGACUACAGUAUCUAGAACUGCUUUCCUAGGACCAAUUUCUGGUUCUGACUUGUGCCUUUGAGCAGACUUGCUACUCAGGUCUGGUUAGAACUCUCUAUUUUGCCUAUUAA